AUGAUACUAAUAACUACCUAUCCAUGUUCAUAUAUCUGUCUGUCUGUUGUCUGUCUAUCUUUCAAUCUUUUCAUAUCUAUCUAUCUAUCUAUCUAUCUAUCUAUCUAUCUAUCUAUCUAUCUAUCUAUCUAUCUAUCCCAGUCCGUUCAUUAUCUAUCUAUCUAUCUAUCUAUCUAUCUAUCUAUCUAUCUAUCUAUUAAAAGCAACCAAUUUCCGAUUGUACUUGAACCCAAAUCUCCAAUUAUCCUCCUCCUUUCCGCUGCAGACGCCAUUAUGAGUUUCAAAGGUCGCCCAAUAUCAAGAAAAGUUGUUAUUGGUUUCAAAUUAUUAAUAUUGAACGAAUUUUAUCUAUCUAUCUAUAUAUAUCUAUCUAUCUAUCUAUCUAUAUAUAUCUAUCUAUUUAGUAUUUUUAUUUUAUAUCUAUCUAUCUAUCUAUCUAUCUAUCUAUCUAUCUAUCUUCAUAUCUAUCUAUCUAUCUAUCACAGUCUAUUCCCAUGGGUCUUCAGCUACUCCACAACACUAUCUAUCUAUCUAUCUAUCUAUCUAUCUAUCAUAAGCCCGUCCAUUUAUCUAUCUAUCUAUCUAUCUAUAUAUCUAUCUAUCCCAUGUAUAAAUUCUCUAUCUAUCUAUCUAUCUAUCUAUAUAUUUAUGUUAAUAUAUCUAUCUAUCUAUCUAUCUAUCUCACGUUAA